AUGCUGUUUUUGGUGCAACAACACCAAACACAUCACCAGUCGACAAGGACAAGGAGAAUGCCAAACGUCCAAGCUCGGGAAAAUGAGCACCGCGGAAGUGCAGCGACAUCACUUCCCAAUCCGCUGGAGUCGGCUGCCUUGCUAGAAGCCUCUCUCACAUCCGGGGAUGACGCGGUAGUCGCAAGUUCUCGCAUUGAGUUCGAGAACUAUGCUGUCGAGCUGGUCCCACCGUUGAACCAGCCUCUCCACGUGCAAGAUUCAAGCGCAUGCGCGGUAGUUCCGCCGUUGGACAACGAACCGGUUGCUUCGCCAGCCCUUCUAUCGGAGGAUCCGUCAACUUGGGCGAGUCUUGAGGAACUCGACCCGCUGACGGUUGAAGACUUCCAAUGGUUGCCUCUUCCCUCCGCCGGUUCUUUGCCAACACCGCAUUGCAAUGCCUUAAUGGCACAUUUGCGUGAAUACUUGCACGCUGCAGUACCACCUCUGUUGACGGACGGCGGAGUAGCGGUUGUUGAUCUUUGUAACUAUCUUGCGAAGAUCGACCGCGAGUACGCAACGCAACGGUACGUUGACAUCGACGCGUCACUCCUCUACAUCCGCAUUCAGAUCGGAAAGGCGACCUGCAGUGCCUUGAUCGAUUGUGGAGCGACUCGCAACUACAUCAGCCAAGACUUCAUGGCAUGCGCCGGGCUUGGCCCGCGCGUUCGAAGGAAAAGUCAGCCUACGCACGUCACGUUGGCCGAUGGUCACACACAAAAGUCAAUCGACCGAUGCGUUGACUCGGUGCCCGUGUACUUUGCCCCUCUAGCAUGCGAGGUCGUGUCUUUCGACAUAUUGGACACGAAGUUCGAUAUGAUCCUCGGCAUGUCGUGGCUGCAAAGCGAAGACCAUCCGGUGAACUUCUAUCGAUGCACCGUUCACGUCCGUGAUCGGCGCGGCGAAUUAGUCCCCUAUGAGGAUGUCUUCCAAGCUCCCGCCGGAGUCAUACCGGAUCAGCCCAUACGCCACGGGAUCACUCUCAAGGACGGCGCCGUACCUCCGCGCGGAUGUAUCUACCACAUGAGCGAAGAGGAACUUCAAGUGCUUCGGGCACAACUAGACGACCUCUUAGCCAAGGGCUGGAUUCGCCCUAGCUGUUCGUCAUACGGUGCUCCCGUUCUCUUCGUCCAGAAGAAGAACAAGGAUCUUCGUUUGUGCAUCGACUAUCGGAAACUUAACGCACAAACGAUCAAGAACGCCGACCCUCUCCCUCGGAUCGAUGAUCUUCUCGAGCGACUAGGCGGCGCCAAGUACUUCUCAAAGCUUGACCUCAAGUCCGGAUACCACCAGAUCGAGAUCCAGCCAAGAGAUUGGUACAAAACCGCAUUCAAGACGCAGUAUGGGCACUUUGAGUGGAUCGUCAUGCCUUUCUGUCUCGCCAAUGCCCCGGCUACUUUCCAAGCGGCCAUGACGACGGAAUUCCGCGACUUGCUCGACCGCACCGUACUCAUUUACCUUAAUGAUAUCUUGGUUUAUAGUCGGACGCUGGACGAGCACCUCAAGCACCUUCGCGCCGUAUUGGAGCGGCUCCGUAUCGCCAAGUACAAGGCAAACCGCGACAAGUGCGAGUUUGCCCAUCAAGAGCUGGAGUACUUGGGCCAUUACGUUACGCCGCAAGGCAUUCGUCCGCUCGCGGACAAGGUACAACCCAUUCGAGAUUGGCCGGACCUCAAGUGUACUAUCGACGUCCGCUCCUUUCUCGGCUUGGCAUCAUACUACAUGCGCUUCGUCAAAGGAUUUCAACGCAUCGCUGCACCAUUGUAGCGACUUCAGUCCCCCUUGGUGCCCUUCGAGUUCAGCGACGAAGCCCGGCAUGCGUUUCACACGCUGAAGACGACUUUGCUUCAAGCUCC